GGCGGGACCACGUGUACGGUGUUGACGGUCAAAGUCCCUGGAAGCCCAAUUUCCGAGAUCGGUUGAGUUUUGAGAGAAAUAUUUAGAUCCGAGUCCCGCGAGUCUGCGAAUCGCCAAGCAUGAGCGCUCCAGGCGUGCUAUCCUUUACCCAGCAAAGCUGGGAGCAGGUGCUGGUCAAAGUGAAACGGUCUGUGGUCUACCUGGAUGCCGCCUGUGCCGAGAGCCUGCACUGGGGCUGCGGAUCCCUGCGGCUCCUGGAGGCGGUGGGGGUUCCUGCGUGUCACCUGCGGGAGUUCGAGCCCGAUGCACGUGGUGGAGGGACCGAGCAGCCCAAGGCGGUGUUCGUGCUGAGCUGCCUGCUGAAAGGCCGGACCGUGGAGACUCUGCGAGACAUCAUCCGCCGCAGUCACUUCCAGUACUGUGUGGUGGUCACAGCGGUGAGCCACGCUGUCCACCUCACCGCUAAUCAUGUGCCGGCAGCGGCAGCGGCAGAGCUGGAGGGGCAGCAGCCGGUCUUCCAGCAGCUGGAGGAGAAGCUCUGUGAGUGGAUGGGCAACAUGAACUACACAGCCGAAGUGCUACACGUCCCGUUGUUGCUCGCCCCUGUUGCUCCCCACCUGGCAUUGACUCCCGCCUUUGCGUCCCUUUUCCCACUUCUACCCCAGGAUGUGCAUCUCCUGAAUAGUGCCCGACCGGACAGGAGGAGGCUGGGAAGCUUGGGUGAGGUGGAUGCCACUGCUCUGACCCCGGAGCUGCUACUGCAGAUCAGAUGUCUGGUGUCAGGCCUCAGUUCUCUGUGUGAGCAUUUAGGAGUACGAGAGGAAUGUUUUGCUGUGGGUUCCCUAAGUCGGGUCAUCGCUGCAGAUCUAGCCAAUUAUGCCCCUGCCAAGAACAGGAAAAAAACUGCAGCGGGCAGGGCAUCAAUGGUCUUUGUGGACAGAACUCUGGAUCUCACAGGAGCGGUCGGACAUCAUGGAGACAACUUAGUAGAAAGGAUCAUCUCAGUGUUGCCCCAGCUCCCAGGCCACACCAACGAUGUGAUGGUCAGCAUGGUGGAGCUGACUGCACUCCAGGCGGAGGGAGAGGAUCACGGUGUGGUUGCACCAGGCUGUCUCGCACAGGCCAAUGACGCUGCAGCCCGAGCGCUGUGGGAAGCCUUGCUGAGCGCCCGGUACAAGGAGGCGCUGCUGGAGGCGCGCAGACGUCUGGUGGAGGCGGCCAGCAGGGAGAGCCUGCCCGUCAGGAUGAGCCUGGGAAGAGUCACGCCAGGGCAGCUCACAUCCUAUAUUCAGCUCUUCAAGAACAACCUCAAAGCUCUAAUGAAUCAUUGUGGGCUCCUACAGCUUGGGCUGGCCACAGCUCAAACUUUGAAACACCCGCAGAAUGCCAAGUGGGACAACUUUCUGGCUUUUGAAAGACUUCUUCUCCAGAGCAUUGGCGAGUCAGCAAUUCCUGUUGUGUUAAAUCAGCUAUUGCCCAUGAUCAAGCCUUCAAGUCAGCGUACUAGUGAUGACUACGGCCCCGAGGAGCUGCUGAUCCUCCUCAUAUACGUUUAUUCUGUCACUGGAGAGUUCACAGUGGACAAAGAUCUCGGCGAAGCUGAAGAAAAAGUGAAGAAAGCCUUGGCUCAGGUCUUCUGUGCAGAGUCUGAGCUGUCACCUUUGCUGCAAAAAAUCACAGGCCCUGGGGAGCUUGCUUGCUGUCAAAUUUCUGCAGUCCAGGGACGGAAGCCAGUGGCUGCCAUCCCAGGCUGCAACUCGUCAAUUAACCUGACAUUUCACAAAUCCAAAAUUGCCACAGAUGAACUCUUUUCUUCGCUGCGGGAUGUAGCCAGAGCUCGGAAUCUCAUGAAACAGUUUAAGUCUGUGUAUGUUCCUGGAAAUCAUACCCACCAGGCAUCCUACAAGCCAUUACUGAAGCAGAUUGUGGAGGAAAUAUUUAAUCCCGAGAAGCCAGACCCUGUUGAUAUUGAGCACAUGUCUUCAGGCCUCACUGAUCUCCUUAAAACUGGAUUCAGCAUGUUCAUGAAGGUGAGCCGGCCCCAUCCCAGCGACCAUCCCUUCCUGAUCCUCUUCGUGGUGGGCGGAGUCACCGUCUCUGAAGCCAAAAUGGUCAAAGACCUCGUGGCAUCCCUGAAGCCAGGAACCCAGGUAAUUGUGCUGUCCACACGACUCCUGAGGCCACUUAACAUUCUUGAGCUGUUGUUUGCAACUGACCGACUGCAUCCAGACCUGGGCAUCUGAGCACCUGCUAAGAAGAUAAGAACUCCCCGCUGAAAUACCUAUACUCUCGUCUGUCACCAUUCCAGAUACGCCUCCCAAACCAGCAUCCCUGUCACUAAUUGCUGGUACGAGUUCUGCCCAAAGGGUCCCGAUCACCACACAGGGAGGUACUUCACUUGCAUUGCUGCGGUUCUU